AGAGAGAUAGAGCGAGAGAGAGCAAAAGAGAGUACGAAGUUGGUUUCUUAUAAGUUUGUUACACUUCGUUGCUUGAUUGAAUAUUAUAUAUUGAAGAUUGAUUGUUGACAUACUUAUAUUAAAUAUAAUAUAAUAAUAUUAAAUAUCAAAAUGUGGAGGCUUAAGGUAGCAGAGGGAGGCAAUAAUAAUAAUAAUAAUAUGAACGUAAAGGAGAAAAAGGCAUACAUAUACAGCACAAAUGAAUUCGUGGGGAGGCAGAUAUGGGAGUUUGAUGCAGAAGCAGGAAGCCAGGAAGAGAGAGCAGAGGUUGAAGCAGCCCGUUCCACAUUUUACAACAACCGUUUUCAUCUCAAGCCAUGCAGCGACCUCCUUUGGCGGAUGCAGUUCUUGAGAGAAAAAAGAUUCCAACAGACAAUUCCCCAAGUGAAGGUUGAGGAUGGUGAAGUAAUCGCAUGCGAAAAGGCUACAACUUCACUGAGGAGGGCUGUCCAUUUCUUUUCAGCCUUGCAAGCCGCUGAUGGUCAUUGGCCUGCUGAAAAUCCUGGCCCACUGUUUUUCCUUCCUCCUUUGAAUGAAGAUGGUGGGUGGGGAUUGCAUAUCGAGGGCCAUAGCAUCAUGUUCUGUACAGCUCUUAACUAUAUUUGUAUGCGAAUACUUGGACAAGGACCUGACGGUGGACAAGACAAUGCUUGUGCAAGAGCAAGACAAUGGAUUCUUGACCAUGGCGGUGUAACGUAUAUUCCUUCCUGGGGGAAGACUUGGCUUUCGAUACUUGGUUUGUUUGAUUGGGCUGGAUGUAACCCGAUGCCUCCUGAAUUUUGGAUUCUUCCAUCAUUUCUUCCCGUGCAUCCAGCUAAAAUGUGGUGCUAUUGCCGGAUGGUUUAUAUGCCCAUGUCAUAUUUAUAUGGCAAAAGGUUUGUCUGUCAAAUCACACCUCUUAUACUGCAAUUGAGGGAAGAGCUUCAUGCUCAACCUUUCAAGGAAAUUAAUUGGAGGAAAGUGCGUCAGCUGUGUGCUAAGGAGGAUCUAUAUUAUCCCCAUCCUUUGAUACAAAAUCUACUCUGGGAUAGUCUAUAUAUCUGUAUUGAGCCCCUUCUUACACAUUGGCCCUUUAACAAAUUGGUUAGAGAGAGGGCUCUUCAAGUUACAAUGCAUCAUAUUCACUAUGAAGAUGAGAAUAGUCGGUACAUUACAAUUGGAUGUGUAGAAAAGGUGUUAUGCAUGCUUGCUUGUUGGGUAGAAGAUCCAAAUGGUGACUAUUUCAAAAAGCACCUGGCUAGGAUACCUGAUUAUAUGUGGGUUGCUGAAGAUGGAAUGAAAAUGCAGAGUUUUGGUAGUCAAGCGUGGGAUGCUUGUUUUGCCAUACAAGCUUUGCUUGCAAGUAAUCUCAUUGACGAAAUUCCAUUGACACUUGCUAGAGGGCAUGACUUUUUAAAGAAAUCUCAGGCCAAAGAAAAUCCUUCUGGUGAUUUUAAAAGCAUGUGCCGUCACAUUUCUAAAGGAUCAUGGACAUUUUCUGAUCAAGAUCACGGAUGGCAAGUUUCUGACUGCACUGCAGAGGGCUUGAAGUGUUGCUUGUUGUUCUCAUUGAUGCCACCCGAGAUUGUUGGUGAGCAUAUGGAGGCAGAGAGGUGAUGCGAAUCCACCCGAGACAGCUCGACCAACAACCCGCUGGGGUGCUGACCCAUUACAAAUGAAGGUGGGGCCGAUCACUAGGGCCCAAGCCAAGAAGUUCAAGGACAAUCUUGCUGUCUUCAUACAAGGAAUAAGUCAUAGUCAAGAGGGGUUGGCCAUAUCUAAAGAACAAAGGCCUGUUUUACUCAUACAAGCAAUAGAAGCCAAAACGGGGUCGGGUGACGUUUUUGGUAACAAUAAAGAGGCCGGGUUGUAUGAAUUGGAACCCCAUCUUUAUGGGUUUAAUUUAUAUGGAGGAUGAGUCAUAGAAACCAGCCAAAGCAGCUUCAAAGCCGACCAAUAAGGAGGUUUGCGCACAAGGAGAAGAAAAGACCGGAUUUGCUGUAUUCUUCGCGGGCUUUACUGUAUUAGCCUUUUCUCUUACUUCCAAGCAAGGGCAACGUGAGGAACUUCACAAUAAGCUUAUUUGGCAUCCUAAAAAGCAUAUUGAAGCUGAUUUGGAGCUCACUUGAGUCAAAGAAUUGGUCAAAGUCAAUGUAGUCAAAAAGCUAGUAUUUUAGUUUUCUAAUUUUAUUCUACUUUUUGUUUUAGGAAACUACCAUUAUUUUUAGUUUCUAUUUAUUUAUUUUCUGGACAAAUAAGAUUAGGAAAGUUAUUAUUUUAUUAUUUUCUUUGUAAAUUAAUUAAUUCCUAAUUCAAAAUAAAGGAAUUAAUUAAUCCAAAUUAGAUUAGGAAAAGGAAAGUUUCGGCCAAGGUAGAAUUCUUCAUUGAGUGGCCGGUUUUUCCUAGGGUUUUUAGGGUUUAUUUUGUUUCUUUCAAAGCCUAUUUAAAGGCUUAUUCUUCAUUAAUAAUAUAACUUUAAAACUUUGAUUUGAUUAAGAAAA